AUGUAUUCCCGCACCUGCUGGCGCACACAGAAGGGUGGUGGCAACACCAACACCAAACAGCACCAGCAGGAGGGCAGGUCUUCGGCCGCCGAUCCCGCCGGCCCCGUAACCGAUGAGGUUGAUGUCUGGAAUGGCUUCCCAGCCGACGGGUUGGCCGCUUUAAGUGCUGCCGCAAAUGCCUUGUACGGCAGCAAGUGCCCUGUACGGCAGCUCACGUGGUUCCCGGAAUACGGUUGUGCGCUGCUGGGUAUUGGCUCGGACCCGGACUUGUUAACGUCGGCGUCGGAUGGCGGGGUUAUAAUGUCCCGGCCUGGUGAGGUGGUGCUGCACCUGGUUGCUCUGGAUGGCUGGAGCUUCAACGUGCACUGUACACCCAGCGGUUCCCAACACACGGCCCGGUGCAGUAGCCACGUCAGCCUCGUCUGUGGCGCCAUUAAAGCCGAAGAGUACGGCAGGGUGGUCAGCGCCGUACGCGCUCAGGUGCAGCGCAGCUCUCAAAAUAAUCCGCAUCGGCGCACUCCCGCCUUCAUACACGCAUCGGUGUGUAGCGCACUGGCUGACGUCAGCACUACGACGGAGAUCCAUUCUCGCGGCGGCUUCACGGAUGUGGCCCUAUCUUCUGGGGACAUCAACUAUGAAACGUGCUGGCCGCUGGUCAAGGCAGUCCUGCAGUUCGCCCUGGAGAAGCAGUACGGCGCUGUUGCUGCCAGAGGUCGCAGUCUCUCCAUCCAGAAGCUGCCGCCACCGCCGCCGCCAUCGUCAGCGCCGUCACAUCUCCUGCGCCAAGCACUGGCCCGGUUGGAUCUCUGGCUGCUGCGCCGCCAGCUUCUCCUCAUCAACCCUGACACCGCCACGCCGCUCAUGGUGACGGCAGCGAUGCGCAUGCUGGAUGCCGCCGCCACCAAGGCGGCGGCACUAGCUGCUGAUGGGUACGACAUGGCCGCCUUCGAGGCCGCCUGCCGCCAGGCACACCAGCAGCUGCGCACCGCCGUCGGGGAACGGGCAUGGCGAGCCGCUCGUGCGUCCGAGCUCCCUGGCCCGGAGUCCGCGGACUUUCUGGGUACCUUCCAGCCACCCUCCGGCGUGCUGCCGGCGGCGUUCACACCGCGAGCGGAGGAGCAAGGUCUGGCGGCGGCACGGCAGCGCGCGGAGCGCAACCUGGGCUCGUUGCCGCUGCUGCCCGAGCAUGCCAGCUUCUCCCAGAUCCUGAAAUCCAUGUCGGAUCCGGGACCCUGGCGGGACCUCAGUAGUGACGUCGCGGCGCAGCUGGUCCUGCGCUCCGUGGAGGGGGUACUGUUCCGCCGGGCCCUGCAGCAGCUCGGUGGCGGCAGCGGUGGUGACGACACCGGCGAUGCUCGCCUGGACGAAGGACGCCUAGGUGAAGGGGAGGUAGCGGCGCUGGAGAAUGUUGUGGAUGAGUACCGCGCGGCGCUUCAGCGUUUCCUAUCGCGCCAGGGCCCUGGGUCGGGUGCGGUAAUGGUGGCUGAGCUGCGAAGUCGGGAGGUGCUGGUGGUGUGGGUGGCCUACUGCCUGAUUCACGCAGCGGCAUGCAGGGCGCAUCCGCUGAUGGCCAGCCGCGGAGGCACAUUCGCGAGCCACGAGGCCCUGCGGCACCUGGUCCUUUCGGACCGAUUGGCAGUGGACGCGGCGCUGAGUGUGGCGGCCUAUCUGCAGGGAUGUCGCCAGAGGGCAGUAGCGGCGGGCGGCAGCAGGCGGGCGGAUCUUUUCUCGCUGCGCGACGGCGGGGUGGGCACGAUGGCGUUCGCGGAGGACUACGUGGCGGCGUGUCCGGUGCUCCAGGGGAUCCUGACGGCGGAUCAGGCAGAUGCGGCGGAACGUGUAACGGCGCACUGGAAGGAGGUGCAGCGGAAGCAGCAGCUGGCGGCCCAGCUGCGGAUUACGCUGGCUAAGCAUGAGGGGGAACUUGCGCAACUCAAUCGUGAGCUGCAACGGCACAAGGCUAAGCUUGCAGCGCUGGAAGCGGAGCUUAAAGCUUAUCAUUCUUCGGAGAGCGCCGAGCAACAUGCCACCAAGGACAGAGUUUCUUCUGUAAAGUUUGAAGUGCGAAGCGUCGAGUCCAAGCUGCAGGCAAAAGAUGAGGAAAUAUGCAGCACACGAUGCCAGCUUUCUGAGGCGGAGAAGGCCCCGCCGCCCGUCGUUCAGCCGCUGCCUAGCGAUGCUAACCUCGCCCGCCAGUGGCUGUUCUUCCUGCACAUGCCACCCCUGCUGCGCCACCUCUCACGCGCCAGCUUCCUGGCCCAACAAAUGCUUCUGCCGAGACCCAUCAGUGGUGAGACCAUGAGUGCCAUUGCCGUACAGUAUUCCACAUCGCUCGUACAGCACUAUAACACACAGCGGCAGGACCGGACUUAUGCUUCAACCCUUCGACAGACGCGCGCCGGCGCUGACGGCCGUGUCAUGUUGUGGUCCACAAAGAAGGCUCCGACCAGCGUAGGUCCCAAGAUGGUGGACGAUUGCCGUACACCGUCCGAUGGCGUUUGGUACCCAGAUUCCCUGGCGCCCCUCAUGGCGUGGGCUGGUUCCGGAGCCGGUGCAGAUCAGGGCCAAGGCUUUCCGUCGACCUUCUUCGACCCGUUCGCGGUGCUGGAUGAGGGCCUGUUGGAGCUGUACUUCACUGAGAAACUGCCGCAAGGCGCGGAGUCGUUGCAGUGGGCCAUGCACGUGCGGUCGUCUGCGAGCGUUACGUCGCCUAGUCGCGGCAACGUCGCCAUCGCCCAGCAAGAUACCAAGCCCUCUUGGCUGUCCAAACCGGCCUUCUUGGAGCUCUGCACCCUGCGAGCUUUUCCCCUCCGUCAGCUGCGUCGACUGGCCGCCGCCCUACAUGACCACGUCUUGCCGCUCGCCCAGCCCGCCGUACACACGCUUGUACGGCAGCUGCUCUUCCACUUGGGCACCCUGACCGACGAUGAACCACCGCAGCUGCUGUGGCGCCGCGGCUGGGAAGCCGAGUGUGACGUGCUGACUGCGCUGUACGGCGAUUUGACGGCGCUGGCGGAGGAUCUCGAGCAGACGCCACGGGAACACGGCGCGGUGCUGCUGCUGGGGGAGGUGGCGGGGUAUCUGGCGGCGUGGUACCCUCCCUGCCGUGAUGUGGCGCGGCGCUUUGCUGCCAUGACAGCGCGAGCGGCGGAUGAGUUGGAGCCGCAGGUGGCGGUGGCUGGCAACGGUGGCGGCAGCGCAACUGACGAUUCAGCGAUCAGCAACCUGCUCGCCAAGCAAUGCCGCUCGCGAUGCAUGGCGCUGAUGUGCUGCUCCGGUGCAGCGGCGGCGGAUGCUGCCGCCUCCGCUGCAGCAACGACGGUGACUAUGGCGCCUCCGCUGCUGACGGAGGCGGACGCUCGGGAGAUGAUACGGCUAAUGGUCCUAAUCAACCACGGCCGCGUGUUUCUACACAGCCCGAAGCUUCGCGAGGAGCUGACGCCGUUGUUUGUCCGGGCGCACAAUGUGAUUGCGGGUGCAAUCGGGCCGCUAAUGGAGGCAGUGGUGCGGCGACCAGACAUACUGACAGACGCCGUGGCGGCAGUGCUGCAGCAGCGCACGCCGCGGGAGCUGACGUGGCGGCGCCUGGCUGCUACGGGCAGCUUCGAGGCCGUAUCGGUCGAUACCUCCGCCACAGCCGGCAGCGGCGGCAGCGACCGGUUGUUCUCUAUUAAUCUACUCGACGGCACCGUACUGUUCGACGGCUGGCCUCCCGGCAAGUUGCCCAAGGAGGUCACAGAACACCCGCUGUACCGCCGUACAUUUGGCGAGUGGAACUUCGACGUGGCGCUAGCCAGCGAUGGCGUCAUGCGCGCGUUGCGGCCCGUACAGCAGCGGCUGUACGACUUCGCCGUCAGUGCUGAUGGGCAGCGCCUGGCGAUCUCCGAAACUGAUCGACGUGGUUCACGGCUGGAGCUGCUGGAUGCGGGUCCCAACGGGGCGUGUGGCGGAUGGGGCGCGGAGCUGCCUGUGUCGCUACGCGCUCUGCACAGCCACUGGCUUAACAGGGAACAGGGCGUCAUGGUGCUUCGCCCGCUGGACUUCCAAAAGCACGAUGUGCACUUCAUCGUCCGGUGCACACCCGCACCGGUGCCGGCGUCUACCCCUCUGGCGCCCGCUGCUCCAGAUGUCGCGGUGGCGGCAGCCAUGUCAUCGGGCCACGCCUGCAUAUACGACUGCCGACGUGUGCCGCCACAUCUGCGCCAUCGCCACUGGCAAAGCCUGCUGGCCAAGCACCGCGCCGAGUUGACUGACAAGCUGGUGCUGCUGGCAGGCGCCAUGGUCAAGGACCGUAUCCUGGCACGCUUCGAAGACGCGAAGUUCAUCCACGCAUAUCUGGUACAUAGCAGUGACGGUGGUGAUACGCCCUGUGGCUUGGGUGGGCCCACGGGUCCAUUGCGGCCAGGAGCACCGGAGGUGCUGCCGUCCAAGCCGCCGAUAUCACCUCCACGGCUGCUGCUACUCGAGCUGCCCCGGUACGGUCUGGAGUUUGAGGUCCGUCCCGCAGAAGGGCAGGUUCUGCCCCGGGACUAUGCCGGGUAUCGCCUCCGCCAGCGGCAGCUGCUGGUGCAGGCUGCUGAGAAGCCCCGAACGUCGUACGAUGCCGUACUGUAUACGCUGGUUUUGGAGCGAGUACCCAACGUGACGGGCGCCGUGGUGGGCGCCCGCCGGGAGGAUGAACUGGUGCUGGUGCCGGCGGAUGGCAUGGUCGUACAGGCAGGGGGGGCCAGCGGCACGGGCGGCUUGGCUGCCGGGGGCUGUGUGCGGAUAGACGUCAGCCUGAGGGCAGAUGUGCACCUGAAGGCUCACUGCUACGAGAUUCACGGCCGCUUCAAGGACCUGCGAGCCGCGUCCAUCCCAGCCCGCCUGCAGCUCGCCGCUCUGUACGCCGCCACCGGCACCCUGCUGCCGGAGCCCCUCAGUCGCUGCACUGGGGGCCAGAUGGCCAUGGUGCUGCUGCGGCAGUGCUGGGGUAACCGACCGCUCGGUAAUGCGGACCUAGCCCAGUUGCGCAGUGCUGCCCGUCUGGGCGGUUACCUGACUCCCGGACUUAGGCUGCUGGCUCAUGAGCUGGAGGUCAGCGCUGGAGAGCUACAGCACCUGCGUGAAGCAGCCGGUUCAGGAGCGGUGUCAGCAGCGCCGCCACAGCCACUGCCAGCUGCGAUCUUGGAUCCUGACGCCGCCAUCAGCUACUGCCAGGCGCUACAGCCGCCGACUCAGAGAGGAGGAAGUUGCGGCGACAGUAGCUUGUGUGUGGGUCCGAAUCCGCGUCUGCUGUUGACUCCAGGGGAGGAGGACCGAACCCUGGGUAUGCGUCCGUCCACUGUUGCGGUGUUGGAGGAGCCCAUGUGGCUGCGGCUGGGCCAAUACAAGGCUGUGGAAAUCCGGGAACCCUUUCCGGUGGCAGCUGGCUUUGUGGCGAAGGUGGAGACGGCGCUGGUUCAGCUUGUGGAAGUACCCACAUUCCAAAGGAACCAGCGGCAGGCGCGGAUUCCGCCGUACCCUCUGGAGGUGGAGGGCGCCUAUGGCGGUGUCGAUGAGGGGCUGCGGGAUUGUGGAAAGAGCAGCGCAGGCGCCGCCCGGGGGCCCUCUGGCCCGGCGGUGGCGACUGGUGCUUCGGCGGCUUCAGCUAGCUGGACCCGUGCUCUGACGCCUCUGGAGGUGGAGAUGCAUGAGGAGCUGCGGGACAGCUGGGAGGCCCACCACGGGGCCCCGGCAUUGGAGGAGCACCAGCUGACGGAGGGGGCUGCUCAGGAGAUAGCCCGAUGGACGGCGGAGGUGGCCCAGCUGCGGGAGGCCUCCGAGGCCUUCCUGUUGCGCCACCUGACAACCAUUCCGGAGGAUGUUGGGCGACACGGCACCAGCUUCCGCCUCAUGCAGGCCGCCGGCAGCGCCCCAACCCCGAGCACCCUGGACCUGCUACGGGCGGCCUGGCAGGGCGGCCCACUGCUGCGCCAGUUCAACCCCUUCCUGUCUCCGCAGGCGGUGCAGGUGCUGGAAGACGGAGUGCUGCUUUGGGCGCAGCUGUGUGUGCUGCAAGACCGACUGAGGAGGCUGGGAAGGCUGGCUGCAGAGGGGCCUGCGUACCGCAUCGCGCUCGUCCAGAAGUUGCUAAUGAUCGAGAUGGCGUUGUCAACGCAGGAGCUGCUGGUACGACGCACCUGGGAUGUGGUACGGCACCCUCAGUGGCUCGUGUUCGAGGUGGAGGGGCAACUGCAGAUCCGGCCUGCGCAGGCGGCGGUAGCGCAGCAGGUUAUGGCCAACCCUGGAGCCAUCGCCCAGCUCAACAUGGGCGAGGGCAAGACACGUGUCAUCCUGCCGCUCUUGGUGCUGCACUGGGCGGAUGGAUGCAGGGUGGUGCGUCUGAACUUCCUCUCCACGCUGCUUGAGGAGGCUUACUGCCACCUGCAUCUGCACCUGUGUGCUGGGGUGCUCGGCCGCAAGCUUUUCACGCUGCACUUCAACCGGGAUGUGUCUGUCACGGAGGCGGGAGCCCGGGCCAUGACGGCCAGCCUGCUGUACUGCAAACGGGAGGGAGGUCUGCUGCUAGUGGCUCCUGAGCACCGAUUAUCACUGCUGCUGAGGCGCCAGGAGAUGUGGGAGCAACAGCAAUCGAGACCGGAGAGCCAAGAUGUUGUGGCGGCCGCCGUGGCGGCGCUGGACCAAUUGGCUUCGUUGCCGUACUUGGACAUUUUGGACGAGAGUGACGAGCUGCUGCACCACAGUGGAUUGCGUUUGUUGCCGGGGGACGCUCUCACCGCGUCACUGCCUGGGUGGCACCGCCGGCUGGCGGAGGCGCUGAUGGACGAGCCGCCGUACGAGCUGAGGUGGCUCCAACACCAUCCCCUACGGGUACGAAGCGCGAGUGCUAACAGAGACGAUCUCGGUACUGGUGGUGCAGGACGGGCCCGCAUCAAUCCCCAUACGCAGAGCCAAGGCCGUUACACGUGGGACCCACUUGGGGCGCGUGAUGCCGUCCGCAUCCUGAACUGCCUCACUGAGGAUGGCCAGUCAUGUGAGGCGCUCCUGGGUCCGGAUGCGGAGGGUCCCUCCCGGGAGCAGUUGACUGGAUCCCAGGUGGCUGUGGUGCUGGCGCUGAGGGGGCUGCUGGCGGGCGGCCUGAUGCAGCACUGCCUGCAGAAGAGGCACAGAGUGGAGUACGGAGUAAACAGGCGACCCGGGAGCCGCAAGCGAAUGGCGGUGCCGUACCGUGCCGCUCACACACCCUCCGAGCGCAGCGAGUUUGCACAGCCGGACGUAGCGCUCCUGCUUACUAAUCUGUCGUACUACUAUGACGGGCUAUCGCGACACGAGCUCCGGGAGGCUCUGGUCACACUUCUGGGUAUGGGCCUCAACGUGCAGCGGGACUUUUACGAGGGCUGGCUGCGGUUGGGACGAGGCGAGAUACCCGCAGCAACCCACGCAACUCUUUCACACGCGCAUGCAGAGGACCUGGCCAAAUUCGACUGUGUGGCCAAGGUUGACGUCACCAACGAGCCGCAACUGGAUCUCAUGUACGGCUAUCUGCGGUACAACACCGGGCUAAUCGACUUCUGGCUCAACCACUGCGUCUUCCCCUCGGAGAGCCGUCAGUUCCCGCAGCGCCUGGCUGCUAGCGCCUGGAACCUUGCGGAUACCUACUGCAAGGACGGCAUUAGCAGCGGCGGCCCUUGCAGCGAUGGCAGUGGCCAGCAGAGGGUGGAUGCCCGGGUGGCUGUGGUUGGCUUCUCCGGCACCAAUGACAACCACCGGCUGCUGCCGCUGCAAGUGCACCAAGCCCGACCGGAGAACCCCUCGCUGCGGGCCACUAACGGCAAGAUGCUGGACGUCAUCCUCAGCAAUACGCUGGGCUACACAACGCUGCAUACGGGCACCACACCGCAGCAGGGGCAGGGGCAGGUAGCCGCCUUGCGACUACGACAACGGGAGAAUCAGCCGGUCAACAUGGACGGGACUCCUGCUGCUGCUGGCGGCGCUGGUGGCGGCGGUGGUCAUUGUGAUGCAGCUGGUGCGGGUGCUGCCCAGGGCUUCUGCCCUGACGAGCGGCCGCUGUGGCAGGGCGUGACGUACUUCGACGAGGCCCUGCGCAGCUGGACCGUGGGCGACCUGAGGGGCCGCCGACUGCCGCGCCACGCCUCAGCCAUCAUGGAGCGGCAGACGCUGGUCAUUUACGAUGAUGCACGGUGCCGCGGAGCUGACCUGCAGCUGCGACCGGGUGCAGUCGGGCUCUUGACUCUUGGACCCAGCGUGUGUAAGGACAAGCUGAUGCAGGCGGCGGGGAGGCUGAGGCAGCUAGGUCGUGGCCAACGACUGCACUUUGCCGCCCCGCCGGAUGUGACGGCCAAGGUCAGGCGGCUUAGCGGCUUGCCGGCAGCGGAGCCAGGUGCUGAUGGUGCAGGAGCAUCUGGACUGCCGAUUGCGCUGCCGCGGCUGCAUAUGUUGCGGCACAUUAGGGCCUUCUUCGCCAGGCAUACAUCUUCUAAGGCUGCCGACACCGGGAACAGUACUGUUUCCGAUAGCCGCCUGCGUGGGGGUCAGCAGCAGCCAACGACGGCACUGCAUGUGCUUCUCUGGGUGAUGGCCAAUACCGUUACGGCGACGCUGGGUGGUGUAAUGCAGUGGUCGACACAUGGACUGCACUUUGCUGCCACCAAGGAUGCGCCAGAGCGGGCCCUGCACGAUGAGGUUCUGGAGCUGGGGCCGCUGUACGGCGGUAGCAAGGCGCCACAGCCGGUGGGGGAGGUGGUGGCAUCCAAGGUGCGGCAGCGGUUGCAUCAUUGCCGCGAUGGCAGUGGCGGCGGUGAUGGCAGUGGCGGCCUGUCGGCCCAUGCGGCUGAUCUAAUGAUGCGUAUUGGGGACCAAGCGGCUCUGUACGGCAGGGGCCACAUGGUCGCGGCCGGUGGCGGCGCGGUGGCCGCAGGCGACGAGGAAUGCGAGCGGGAGCUUGAGGAGGAGAGGGAGAGGGAGAAGGAGAGAGAAGUUGAGGUGCCACACGUGUCGCCGGCGACUGAGUGCGACUGGAAUUACGGCACUGCGUUAGCAGCGGCGUCACCGGCGCAGCUUGACAGUGAUGCACGGCUUGUUGCGCUCCGCGAUGCGGUUUCGGGGCUGCUAUGGCCGAGCAGUCUGGCUUCGCUCUCCUGGUCUGCAGAAGUCCUCUGCACCGCCAACUUCCUGUGUACCACCACCGCGAGAACACGCGCGACAUUCACAACAUCUCGCUGUGGAAAGGAAGGAGACCUGAACGAGUACCUGCGCCCUGUGGACGCGGUCCUGCUGUUCCCCAGCGGUCAGAUGGUGCUGAUUUCGGAGAGAGAAGCGGACCAGCUGCAGGGCCUGGUGUGGGCGUCGUGGCAUGUAAAUGCCGGUAGUAGCGGCAGUGGUGGCGUCGGUGGUGGCGACAGUAUUGCCGUGCCGCUGCUGGCCAGCCUCUGCUACGUGCGAGACGCAUUUGCUCGCAGAGCCGGACAGGGGCCCCUGCCGUUGCUGGCGGUGCCCUUGAGGGCUGGUGGCGGCAGCGGCAUGGCCAUGACGGCGGUGGUGCCAGCAGGGGUGCCACCGGUGGGGGCUACAGCCAUUCGGCCCCUGCAAGUCCACAGGCAGCAGCAGCAGCACCACCACCACCACCAGCAGUUGUGCAAUGGGUGGCUGUCGGUUGUGGGCCCAUCAGCGUUGGUUUCGGUGCAGCUGUUUAACGGGAAUGCGAGUGGGUACGGCAGCGGCGCACAGCAGCGGGAGCUGAGGUCGCUUGUACGGCGGCGGCGGGUGGAGGUCGAGGCGCUGGUGAGGAUGCGAGGGAAGGCGUCCCUGCUGCCACGGAGCGAGCUAGAGAGGGCGUGUGAGGACGUGUGGUCAGAUAAGGAUGUGUGA